CAGUUUGUAAACUUAUUCAGUAGGUACUCAGUUAACAUGAAGUGGUUGUCGUUGUCUCUUUUGCUGCUGCUGGCAUUGCUGGGAAUUAUGGAGGCUGCUCCAGCGGGUCAAAUACGCAUACAGUCUUCUUCGACGACACGAGUGCGUGUGAGAAAUGGAAAUAUCAAAUGGAAUGGUGAUUGUCACAAUUGUGACAUACGCACCACAAAAAACACCGCACAAGUGACCAGCACUAGACGCAAGAAUAUUGUUCGUCGUUUCUAGUUGUAUAUAUGUGUUGCAAAGUAAUUGUAAAUAUAGUUGUAAUAUUUAUUUCAUAA